UCAGAAAACCGACAUCCUGCUCAAGAAAAGCUGCAUGAGGAUGGCGAAGCUUACUGUGUGCCUCUCUCUUAUACUGGUGCUGCUGGUGGUGCUGAGUGACAGCAGUCCCAUUUGCUGCAGACAGUACCAAGAAAAUUUAAUCCCUGUGAAAUUUCUGAAAUGCUACAAAAUCCAGAAGGUCACAGAUCACUGCAACAUCAAGGCAAUAAUUUUCAAGACUUUGAAAAACAGACUUCUCUGCGCUGAUCCUGAAAGAGAAUGGGUGAAAGAGGCCAUGAAGUCUGUACCAGAAAAACAUUGAACAGCAUUUUAACUCGUGGGGAUCACCUGAGCAAAUCAGCUAAAAGACAC